AUGUUUGAAAAUGAGACUGACUCUUUGUAUCCUGGUAUACGAUUGCUAUUACCACACCUGGAUAAAGACAGACCUGCAUAUGGAAUGAAAGAGGUUGUACUGGCAAGAUAUUAUAUUGAAAUAUUGAGUAUUGGUAAGGACAGCACUGAUGGAAGGAAGUUAUUAAACUAUCGGCACCCAGGGGCUUCAAAACAGGGGGCCCUUGGAGACUUUGCAAGUGUAGCAUACUUUGUUUUGAAGAACAGAUGCCCAGAAAAAGGAAGUUUUAAUGUGGAACAAAUCAACAAACACCUUGAUGACAUUGCACAAGCAAAUCUAGAGAAAAAACGAGAUGAAGUGAAAAAGUCUCUUCAAAUUCUCUUAAGGAACACAACUGCAAUGGAGCAGAAAUGGCUGAUCAGGAUAAUCCUUAGGGAACUUAAAACAGGCCUAAGUGAGAACUCUGUUCUUGGUGUGUUUCAUUCUGAUGCACUAGAGCUUUACAACAUCUGCAACAGUUUGUCAAAAGUGUGUCAAGAUCUCCACAAUCCAACCAUAAGAAUGAAUGAAGUCGAAAUCUCUCUAUUUUCACCAUUCAGACCCAUGUUAGGACAAAGAGGUUCUCUGAAUCAGGUUGAAAAAGUCAUGGAGGGUCAACCUUUUUACAUCGAGGAAAAAGUUGAUGGUGAGCGCAUGCAACUUCAUAAAGGGAACAACACCUACAAAUACUUUUCGAGAAGUGCAAACGAGUACACUCACAUCUUUGGAGAGAGCGCAGAUGAAGGAUUUCUAACUCCACAUAUCGCAGAAUCUUUUAACAGCUCUACAGAAUCCUGUAUUCUUGAUGGUGAAAUGGUGAUCUUUGAUCCAAGCGCGGGCACGUUCUUCACCAAAGCUACAAAUCAUGACGUCAAAUCAGCGUCUACCUAUGAUAAAGGUUUUCAUCCUUGCUUCAUUGUGUUCGAUAUUUUACUAUUAAAUGAUAGAAAGCUUGCAAAUGUCUCUCUGCAAGAACGAAUAGCUGUAUUAAACACCGUUUUUAAUCCUCGACUUGGAUACAUUCAGUUUGUGGAGAGAAAAAAUGGAACCUCAAAAACGGAAAUUAUUAGUGCUUUGAACGAAGCCAUUGAUCGCCGUGAAGAAGGCCUGGUUAUUAAAGCUCCUAGUUCAGUUUACAAACCAAAUGUACGAAACGGGAGUGGCUGGCUUAAGAUCAAGCCUGAGUACGUGGACAGCUUGAGUGACGAGCUCGAUGUCUUGAUCGUUGGAGGAUAUUUUGGUGUUGGAAUUCGCAGUGGAAUGAUUUCUCACUUCUUGUGCGCUGUAGCCGUUCCUCCAGACCAGAAAGGACAGCAUCCAUCUCAGUUCUACUCAUUCUGUAAGGUUGGCACAGGAUACACUCUGGAUGAACUACGGGAACUCGGAAACAAGCUAAAACCUCACUGGCAACCGUUUAAAACCAACAAACCUCCACAAAACAUAGCACUUGCACCAGGAUUUAAGGAAAAACCAGAUGUGUGGAUCGAACCUUCCAAGUCUAAAAUCGUUCAGAUCAAAGCUGCGGAAAUCAUUGCUUCGGACAGGUACAAAACGGGCUCAACGUUAAGGUUCCCGAGGCUGGAAUGCAUACGAGAUGACAAACAUUGGUAUGAGUGUCUUGAUCUCAAAGAACUGGAGAAGCUAAGAACGAUGGCUGAAGGGAAACUUACAUAUCAGCAUACUGAUAUGGAUGGUACUUCUGAGCCGACCAGGAAGAAACGUCGGGUGGCGGCUCGUGUAGAGCAACCACGGACUGUUGCAGCGCACUUCCGUCCAGCGGAUGUGUCUUCUGUCACUGAAGUGUCAAAGCUAUUUGCAGGUAAAGAAUUUUGUAUCAUCAAUGGACCAACGAGUGAACCCAAAGCUCAGCUCGAGAAAAAAGUCGUCGAGCAUGGAGGCACAUUUACACAGAAUCCAGGACCAGAAACCUACUGUGUCAUUGCUGAAAGAGUCAACCUUCGUGUCAAUAACAUCAUCAAGGAUGCCAAACAUGAUGUUGUCAAAGCCUCUUGGCUUAUAGACUGCUUGAAUCAAGUCAAACUACUUCCAUGGUUACCUAUACACAUGAUUCACCGCUCACCAACAACGGAAGAGAAAUUUGCCAUGCAGUAUGACAGCUAUGGUGACAGUUUUACCCAGGACGCCACGCAAGAAUCGCUGAAAAAGGUCUUCGGCAGUUUUGAGAAUCAGGAAAAGGCUACUAUUACCACUGAUGAAAUUGCUGAAAUAGAGCAACGCUAUUUUCCAGAUCAGUGUCCCCUUGGGUUAUUUAGAGGCUCAAGAAUAUAUUUGGACCAAUUCAAAUCAUUGGAUGACCCUAAUACGGCCAUCAAGGACAGUAGUCUAGAGCUGACAGCUUUACAACUAAGAUUUUAUGGUGCUUCGAUUAUCAGUGAAUUUGACGAAAUUGUGACGCAUGUCGUAUUUGAUGAAAGGGAUUUGACAAGAUUACCCGAACUACGUCAAAUAAUGAGAAGCCGUCAGCAAAAGCACCAUUUUGUAACUCAGGACUGGGUUACACAAUCUAUAGAGAAAGGCCAAUUGUUGCAAGAACGACCAUUUGCUCCAGUACCUUCUGUAUAGUCUUUGAAAAGCAUUUCCGAUUCAAGAGCCGAUUCUCGAUGAUGGUCACUGAACCAUAUGCCAGAAGAGCCAUUGCAUAUUGCACGGUGACGGUACGGUAUAAUAAGUGGAUCAAUCAAAAAGCGCGGGCUUUCUUGGCACCUUAUCAUCAGUGCACUUGGAAACUAUUUCAGAAAACACCGAUCCCGCAUUCACUGUUCUACCUCCCUAGUUACUGUUGCUACGUCGGACAAGCUAAAAUGUGUUUUGAUAUACAGCAUGACACCGGUUGCUGAAAAUUGUAAACGUCUGUCUCAGAUUCACAUUCAAAGCCAGUAUCGGUCUAUUACAAUGUAUGUACUUCACGGAAAUGCAAAAUCUGCAAGGAUUUGCGCCGUUGCGAUCGUCUUUCAACCCUUACAUCUUUUAUGGUGUAAAUAAUUUACUGUCAAAUCUUUUCCACUCUUGUUCUUAGUGAUAUACGUACGGUGUAGUUACGUCACUUAUAAUAUGUAUAUAUGAUAAAAAAGAGGUACGACUGAAAAUAAACAUUAUUUAGUAAAUUCAUACCUAAAAAGUAUUUGUCCGAGAUCGAAAAGGGGAUAUAGACAGCAUGAAAUAAAAGGAAAGCUGUUUACUGUAUGAUGGACAGGGUCCUGCGGCUUUGAGCAUUUGAUUAGCGCAGGGCGUAAGAUGAUUCCUAUUAUAACCACAGGUAGCCCAAGCAUGGUUUCUGUGGUGUCCUGUUAUAAGAAAAUG